CGAUCUUAGCCAUAAAAAGCGAAAUUACAGAUACAUCCCACCUAGACAAAUUCGCACAGAGCUGCGAAAGACGACGCUAUUCCAGUGGCCAUCAUUGUCCAAAAUUUCGCCCAAUCAAAGUUAGACGCGUGUACACGUACAUACAGAGCUGUUGGCUUGGCUAUAUUAGUGAUCCUUUUUUCUUCCUCUGAAAAUCCUGGCUUGUGAUUUUUCUGCUGUAGGAAUUGGACAUGGCUACAGAAGUGGUGAAGCAGAGUAAUGGACAUGGGUGUUGCGCUAAAGGACCAGGUUAUGCCACCCCACUUGAGGCAAUGUCUGGUCCUAGAGAGUCUCUUAUCUAUGUCACAUGUGUCUAUACUGGAACAGGAAUAGAGAAGCCUGAUUAUCUAGCCACAGUGGAUGUAGAUCCAAAUUCUCCUACUUAUUCUAAAGUCAUUAGUAGGCUUCCUAUGCCGUAUGUAGGAGAUGAACUGCAUCAUUCAGGGUGGAACGCUUGCAGCUCCUGCCAUGGAGAUCCAUCUGCAAACCGGCGAUUUCUAAUCCUUCCUUCACUGGUAUCUGGUCGCAUCUAUGUUAUCAACACCCAGAAAGAUCCUAAAGCUCCCUCCUUGCACAAAGUUGUUGAGCCAGAAGAUAUUGUACAGAAGACAGGUUUGGCCUACCCACACACAUCACAUUGUCUUGCAUCUGGAGAUAUAAUGGUCUCAUGCCUUGGGGACAAAGAUGGAAAUGCAGAGGGCAAUGGAUUUCUUCUCCUUGACUCAGAGUUCAAUGUGAAAGGAAGAUGGGAGAAACCAGGGAAUAGUCCAUUGUUUGGUUAUGAUUUCUGGUACCAACCCCGACACAACACAAUGAUCAGCUCAUCAUGGGGAGCUCCUGCAGCCUUCACUAAAGGAUUUAAUCUGCAGCAUGUGUCAGAUGGUCUUUAUGGCAGGCAUUUGCAUGUCUAUAGCUGGCCAAAUGGUGAACUCAAACAGACAUUGGAUCUUGGCAAUACAGGGCUCUUACCCUUAGAGAUAAGGUUCUUGCAUGAUCCUUCUAAAGAUACAGGGUUUGUUGGGUGUGCUUUGACAAGUAACAUGGUGCGAUUUUUCAAGACCCCAGAUGGAUCUUGGAGCCACGAGCUGGCAAUAUCAGUGAAACCUUUGAAGGUGAAAAACUGGAUUCUUCCAGAAAUGCCAGGGCUUAUAACUGAUUUUCUGAUUUCUCUAGAUGAUCGGUUUCUGUACUUUGUCAAUUGGCUUCAUGGAGAUGUCAGACAGUACAACAUUGAGGACAUAAGAAAUCCUGUCUUGACAGGUCAAGUUUGGGUGGGGGGCUUGCUCCAAAAAGGAAGCCCUAUAGUGGUUGAGACAGAAGAUGGUGACACCUGGCAGGCUUCUGUUCCAGAGAUUAAGGGUAAUCGACUGAGAGGAGGACCCCAGAUGAUCCAGCUAAGUUUGGAUGGGAAGCGACUGUAUGUCACCAAUUCACUCUUCAGUACUUGGGAUCGUCAGUUUUAUCCGGAACUUGUGGAGAAAGGAUCUCACAUGUUGCAGAUUGAUGUUGACACUGAGAAAGGUGGUCUUAAAAUAAACCCAAACUUUUUUGUGGACUUUGCAGCUGAACCUGAAGGUCCUUCUCUUGCUCAUGAGAUGAGAUAUCCAGGCGGUGACUGCACUUCAGAUAUUUGGAUUUAAGUAUCCAGAAUCAAUUGUGCUAGCUGAGGGGUUACCUGAGAACUAAUGUUACAAUGAUCCAAAUAAAUAAGCCAUUCAAUGUGUAGAUCCAAAGAUCGCCACAUCAUGGCAGAAUAAAUUCGGAUAAAGGAGAUAAGAUAUUAUACUUGUAAUGCUUCCUUAUUUGAUACAUCUGUAGAUCAAUGUAAAAAUGAAGUUUCUUAAAUCCAUAUCAUAUGACUAUCGUCUACCUAUUUUUGAACAUGCAA